AAAGUGCUCCUUCAAUUCCAUUCCAUAUGCAUGGGUCAGCUAUCGAAACUCGAGGAAUAUCUCGAAACUCGAAGCUAUCGAAUGAAGAAACAAGUCAUUGCCGAGUACGAGAAACAAAUCGAGAAGAAGAAUUCGACGCCCCGGGUGUCGCGUGGCACUUCUGGAGGCGAUGAGAUGAAGAGGACGGAGCGGGUGAAGAAGGAAAUGAGACUUGAGAAGGCCGACGUGGAGAAGGUCGAGGGUUUGGUGGUGUCGGCGGCGAGGAAGGCGAUUCAGUCGGCUUUUCAGGCAUUGUCAUGCAUCAGUCAACUGGAAGACGACGAGGAAGCGAUUCGUACCUCCUCGCUCAUCGUCUUCCCACUGAUUGACGUCAUCUACAAAUACGAAACGGAUCCAGGUGUCGUCGAGGCUCUCAAGGACCACUCAAAAACGGCUCUCCCCUCUAAGCUAUGGCUGUGCGCCACUUCGCACCUGGCUUCAAAAUGUUUCGCCAUCGAAAAAACGCCAAUUUCUCGAUAUUUGUCUCAAAUCCUGUGUCAUUUGGUGUACGAUUAUCCCUAUCACGUACUGCAUACAAUUCUAAUGUAUGAGUUUGAUAAGAAUGGAGCACAAGUGAGGGAAUUCCUACGGAACAUUUAUUCGGUGAAGACGAAACGAGAUGUGGACAAGCUGAGAGAAGUGGUGGCGAUGAUGAGAGAGGCGCACGUGGCUUAUAGAGAAAUCGCAAAACUACAAGUCAAGGAGAACAUUCGAAUUCAGCGAGUAGAGCGUGAUGGAAAGACGAUGCUCGUGUGGCCAAGGGAUUUGAAGAUUUUUAAGUGUAAAUUGGAUCAGCUACCAAUUCCAACAAUAUCGCAAAAGAUCGGCGCACCUGGCGACCUCUCCACUUCCAACCUGAUCACAUGGCGAUCCUACAAGGACGUCUUCUUGCUUGCCGACGGCCUCUCCUCGCCAAUAAUCUGGGAAAUUCAAGGAUCCGACGGCCGCUGGUACAAAAGCGUCUGGAAAAAAGAAGACGUUCGUCAGGAUGUGCUCGUCGAGCAAAUGUUCGACGUCACGAAUAAUAUGCUGGAGAAACGGACGCUGCGGACGUAUAAUGUCGUUCCGUUGGACACCGAAUGCGGAAUUAUCGAGUUUUGUGGAGGAAGUGUUAGUUUGAAAGAACUCCUGUGUGGAACGAAUCGUGAAGGUGGUCUUCACAAAGAAAUGUGCUCGCACGAACCAUCGGCCACACAAGCGUCUCGAAUGAUGAAAGAGGUUCAAUCGGAUACGUCUGAAAUGCGACGACGCGUCUUUGUGGAAGUCUGUCAGCAAUAUUCCCCAGUUUUCAGACACUUCUUCUACCGCCAAUUCCCUACUGCUCAGAUUUGGCGCCAAAAAAUCGACACCUAUCGACAGAGUCUUGCCACGUGGAGUGUUGUUUGCUACAUGGUUGGACUCGGCGAUCGACACGCGUCGAACAUAUUGUUCGAUCAGAAAGAGUGCACUUUUGUGCAUAUUGAUUUGGGUAUGAUUCUGGAGUACAGUAAACGAUCGUUGCCAGUGCCCGAACAAGUACCGUUUCGAAUCACCCGAGACGUUUUGGAUCCAUUAUUGAUUGAAGGCAUCGAGAAUGGACGAUUGGCUGAGGAUUGCACCAAGAUUAUGGAGAAGUUGAAGGAGAAUAAUAAGGUAAUCCUUGGCGUCGCGUCAGCUAUCCUCCGUGAGACAAUGUCGAAUUUCCGUGAAGCUGAGCAAUCAUCCGGCCGCCCAUCGUACAUCUCCGAAAUGGCGAUCGGUCGUCUUCGAGACAAGCUACGCGGCACGGACGACGGUGUCACCGCCCAAUCGUCGAAUCUUCAAAUUCGACGUCUUCUGAGAGACGCCACGUCAUCGGAUAAUCUGUCUAGAAUGUUCUUUGGAUGGAUGCCAUUUUUGUGA